ACCGAUUGAGAAAUUGACACACACCACGCAAAAAAAAAAUGCUCAGAAACAUGUUCAGAGCGGGCUUUGCCCCUAUGAGACUGGUUUCGACCCAGCUUACUGGCUUUACCCGCGCCCCUUUCGCCGCCAUGGCUUCCUUCAGCACAACCGCCCAGCGCUUUAUGCCCACUGUCAACCAGAUUAAGAAGGGCGCCUGGAACCAGCAACCGCGCAAGCCGUACAAGUCAAAGGCGCCAGAUUUGGGCCAGAACCCGUUCAAGAAGGGUGUGGUGGUCAGAGUUAUGAUUUUGAAGCCAAAGAAGCCGAACUCUGCCCAGAGAAAGUGCUGCCGUGUCAGAUUGACAAACGGCAGGAUGGUUUCGGCCUACAUUGGGGGUGAGGGCCACAACGCCCAAGAGCACAGUGUGGUGUACGUCAGAGGUGGCCGUUUGCAGGAUGUGCCGGGUGUCAGAUACCAUACCGUUAGAGGAGCCAUGGAUUUGAAUGGUGUUGCCAACAGAAUCUCCUCCAGAUCCAAGUACGGAGUGAAGAAGCCAUCAAAGGACUAAGCCGGUUGCCACUAGAGGUGAGCUUGGAUGGGGCCGUGUACAUUUACUAGCCAUGCAAAGUGUAAAUAGAAGCAUGGAUGUUGAAAGCUGUAGGUGUGGGAGCGUAGCACCGAGUCAGGCUUGCUAAAUUUGUUCCAUCUUCCUGGCGAGAGACUAGCCAGGAAGGUUUGAAAUAGGCACCCGAGUUUACUAACGUGUGGUUUUGUCUAAACCGGUUAUAGGUGGGGGUUUAGGCGUGCUCACUUAAAGCGACGACUGGGACUUUGAAGGCGAUUGCGUAAUAGUCUCGGCUUAGUCUAAAAGGCUAACAGACUUUUGGGGGUUAGAUGAUGUCAUAGAGGAACACUUAUGGGGAUAAAGUA